AUGUCAAUAGAAUUCGAUUGCUCUUGGAAAACACUGACUGCAAUAGCUGUUCGAAAUCUACCAAGUUUUCCCUCUUCUUUGAAACUAUACCUUGAAAAUGAAGAUAAUCGAUUUAUGCUGAUUUUACAACAUCCUUUAUCAUCAAAUCCUACUUGGAGACACUUUGACAUCCCACGUAAUGUUUUCCCAUUAAAACUUAAAAUCUGCAACACAAAAGGAGAAGAACUCUAUGAAGACGAAAUUGAUCCAAAACACAUGUUUUUAGCAGUCCAAGACAUAAAUUUAAUAGAAAAUUUCGAUUCCACUGCAUGCUUUUUAGAGUUUUCUGAUGAUGGAGUCUACACAACGCAAAGGCAUGCUGAAGAAAUUGCAAAACUUACACAAAAUUUUGGAAUUCAUAUUAAGCUUCAAGCAACACAAGAGGCUACCCCUCGAGAUGUAAAAUUUGGGGAAUUAAAAGAGCAAUAUCAGCAACUUCUAUUUCACAGAAAGCAAAUCUCAGAGUUGAGCCAAAAAAUAAGCGAAAUUAAGCAGAGAAUGACACGAUUUGCUUCACAAAAAAAGACUCAUAAUCCAAAAAUAAAGAAAAUCCAUGAAUUUAAGGAUUUUAAGAAUGAUUUGGAAGAAGCUGCUAUUGAAAAAAGGGUCUUAUCCAAAAAUUCUACUGGCUUGAAUAGGUUUUUAAGUGCUCAAAACUCGAUUUCGCAUGAUUUAUUAGGAAGAAGUAAAAUAAAUUACAAUAAUAAUUUGGAAAUUGCUCAAAAAAGCUUACUUUCGAUCUCAAAUAUACAAUGGAUGAUUGAAAUAAGGAGGAUAAAGCUUGUAAGUGAGCUAUAUGAAGUUUUCAAAAAUACUUUGGUGUUUGAAUGACUUGCUAGAAACCCUGAAGAAAAUUUUAAAGUUUUAAGUGAAGAAGAAAUGUGCUUUGUAUUAGGACAUAGCGUGCUUCUUAUUUGUGGACUUUCUCAUAUCUAUCGAAUUCAGCUACGAUAUCCGCUGAAAUUUUUUGGUUCAUGCUCAUCUAUUAUUAAUGAUGGAAUUGAGCUGCCUCUUCAUACAUUUGGAAAACUAGUAGACAACUCCAAGAUCAGUACUGCAAUUCAAUGCCUUUUAUAUAAUUUAACACAAGUUUUUCAAAUUGCCCCAAUGCCACAUAUAUCAGGCUUAGAAAAUCGUUGGGAAAAUAAAGUUUCAUCUGAUUAA